UCUCCGUCCUGACCUCUAUACCACCUGUCAUGACCCCUGCGCUCCGGUCUUUUUGCAGACCUGCAGAGUUGGCGGCGAUGCUGUCGGGCACCCAGGCAGUGGCAGCGGAAUGCGCGGACGCGGAGCUGCGGUGCCGUGUUGCUGUGGAGGAGUUGAGCCCGGGCGGGCAGCCGCGAAGGCGCCAGGCCCUGCGCACCGCGGAGCUGAGACUGGGUCGUAACGAGCGCCGCGAGUUGAUGCUGAGGCUGCAGGCGCCCGGGCCCGCGGGGCGGCCGCGGUGCUUUCCCCUGCGCGCCGCGCGCCUCUUCACGCGCUUCGCCGCGUCCGGGCGCAGCACUCUGCGGCUUCCCGCCGACGGCGCUCCCCGGACCGGCGCGGUGCAGCUGCUGCUCUCCGACUGCCCCCCUGACCGCCUGCGCCGCUUCCUGCGCACUCUGCGCCUCAAGCUGGCCGCGGCCCCGGGUCCCAGGCCGGCCUCCGCCCGCACGCAGCUGCUUGGCCCGCGGCCCCGCGACUUCGUCACCAUCAGCCCGGUGCAGCCCGAGGAGCUGCGGCGCGCGGCGGCCACCUGGGUCACGGACUCCACGCCGGUGAAGCAGCCCACGGAGCCCCGGUCCGGGGCCAAGCCCAGCACCGAAGUCCCAAGGUGGCCCCUGCCUGUGAAGAAGCUGAGCUUGCCCCCCACCAAACCAGAGCUUUCCAGGGAACAGGCUGCUGUGCUGAGGGUUGUCCUGAAAGGCCAGAGCAUUUUCUUCACUGGGAGUGCAGGUAGUGGGGGGCAGAGUGGGUGUGGGGAGAACAGUGGUGUGUUAGGAUGGAGGAGAAGUGGCCCUGACUUUGCCUUCUGCCCAGGGACGGGGAAGUCUUAUCUGCUGAAGCGUAUCCUGGGCUCACUGCCUCCCACAGGCACUGUGGCCACUGCCAGCACUGGGGUGGCAGCCUGCCACAUCGGGGGUACUACCCUCCAUGCCUUUGCAGGCAUUGGCUCGGGUCAGGCUCCCCUGGCCCAGUGUGUGGCCCUGGCCCAGCGGCCAGGUGUGCGGCAGGGCUGGCUGAACUGCCAGCGGCUAGUCAUUGAUGAGAUCUCCAUGGUGGAAGCGGACCUAUUUGAUAAGCUGGAGGCCGUGGCCAGAGCUGUCCGGCAGCAGAACAAGCCAUUUGGAGGGAUCCAGCUCAUCAUCUGUGGGGACUUCCUGCAGCUGCCGCCUGUAACCAAGGGAUCCCAGCCCCCGCAGUUCUGCUUCCAGGCCAAGAGCUGGAGGAGAUGUGUCCCAGUGACCCUGGAGCUGACUGAGGUGUGGAGGCAGACAGACAAGACCUUCAUCUCUCUGCUGCAAGCUGUGCGGCUGGGCAGGUGCUCAGACGAGGUCACCCGCCAGCUCCGGGCCACAGCUGCCCACAGGGUGGGGCGAGAUGGGAUUGUGGCCACGAGGCUCUGCACCCACCAGGAUGAUGUGGCCCUUACCAACGAGAGGCAGCUGCAGAAACUACCAGGUGAGGUACACAGCUUUGAGGCCAUGGACAGUGACCCUGAGCAAGCCCGGACCCUGGAUGCCCAAUGUCCCGUUAGCCAGCUCCUUCAGCUAAAGCUGGGGGCUCAGGUGAUGCUGGUGAAGAACUUGGCAGUGUCUCGGGGCCUGGUAAAUGGUGCCCGAGGGGUAGUAGUUGGGUUUGAAGCCGAGGGGAGAGGGCUGCCCCAGGUACGGUUCCUGUGUGGAGUCACCGAGGUCAUCCGUGCAGACCGCUGGAUGGUGCAGGCCACUGGGGGCCGGCUUCUCAGCCGGCAGCAGCUGCCCCUCCAGCUGGCCUGGGCCAUAUCCAUCCACAAGAGCCAGGGCAUGUCCCUGGAUUGCGUGGAGAUCUCUCUGGGCCGUGUGUUUGCCAGCGGCCAGGCCUAUGUGGCCCUUUCCCGGGCCCGCAGCCUGCAGGGCCUAUGUGUGUUGGACUUUGACCCCAUGGUGAUUCGCUGCGACCCCCGUGUGCUGAGCUUCUAUGCUACCCUGCGGCAGGACAGGGGCCUCAGCCUGGUAAGAGGGAGUCACCCAAUGGUGGGCCAUGUGGCCGUGGGCAGCCUGGGAGCUAGGACAGAGGGAAGGCCAAAGUACCAUGGGGAGGGGGUGGCAGAGCCUCCUCUGGCUCCGUUGGCAGCAGGGCCGAGAGGGAGGAGAUGCUGGCCCCCAGGCUACGACCCGGGGGUGGCACAAGCCCAUGACUGGGUUUCUCUGGCUCUGAUAUAGGAGUCCCCAGAUGACGAUGAGGCAGCCUCAGACCAGGAGAACGUGGACCCGAACCUUUGAUCUGCAAAGAGAGGACAAAGAGUGGUCUCCCCCUCUUCCUGCUCCCUGGUGGGCCAGGCCCCAGGGGAUACCUGGGGGAGGGUAGUGAAUGUCCCUUUCUCCCUUUAUCAGGGGCUCUCAGUCUCCUGGCAGGGCUCAGGAGAGAGUGCUUCCCAUCCAUUUGCCAGCUGUGCCUCAGUUUUUCCCCUUGCCCGGGGUGAGCUGCUUCCGGGGUCAGGAGUCGGCAAUGGGCCUGCAGCGGUAGCUGGUGUUAUAGGACAGAGCUCUCUGCGAGGGGCUGGCCACAGGGCCACACGGUUGUGAAUGCCGCUCUCUUUAGGCUGCAGAGAGGAGAGGUGGCAGGUCCUCCAGGAGCAGGAACAGGCUGUAGGGGUCCUGGCAGGGGACUCAGGUCCCAAGCAGAGAAGGGAACCUUGCUGUGGGGGGGGGAUCUUCACAGCUAGACCCAGCCCAGCACAAGCCAGGGCAAACACCCUCCUGAGCCUAACCUGAGAACAUGCACUGCAAACUGUGUGUCUAUAUCUUAUGCUGCUCUUUUGGUGAAGAAGUCGUGUGUAGGAGUAUUGAAAUGGAUGUUCUCAGACUGUAUUUAUUUUGGACAAAUAAACCUGUGAACUGUGUGAGG